AUGGCGCCCUCGAACACGACGCCGUGGUGGGAGAGGAAGAACGCGGACGCGCAGAGCCGCGACGGCGGCGGCGACGCGUGUUCCAUCCGCAGCUCGGAGACGGUGCGCGGCGCGCGGCGAGAUAGAUCCCCGCGCGGGAUCCCUCCCUCGUCUAUUUCCUCCGCUCGCUCCCUCGGUCGUCCUCUCGACGCGCGACCGACCCCGCUCGCUCCCCGUCGCCCCCUCAUCCCGCGACCGCAGUACUCGUGCCGAACCGCGCCGGACGAUAACGGCAUCAUGCGACGCAAGUGCGAGCGCAUCGUGAAGAAGUUCAGGAUGUGCCCGGGACGAGCCCCGGAGGAGAUCGAAAACUCGCGCGAGGAGACGGAGGAAGACCCCAAAGGCGGGCUCUUCGGCGGCGGGUGGUCCACGUCCAGGGAAUGGAGUUCCGAGACGCGCGGGGGCGGCGCAGGAGGACCGACGCCGGAGCUGCCGUUUCCGUUCAGCCUGUUCUUCGAGCUCGACGACGACUCGAGCAGACCGAACGCGGAAGAAGAAGCGCGUCGGCGUCGCGGCGGCGGCGACGCGCGCGAGGACCUUCUGAGAAAGAAUCUCGACGAGCUCGGGGAGGAGUUGGCGCGUCGUGGGCGGAGGCGAGGGGAUCCGCCGCCGCCGCGGGAAUCGGGGUCGCGGAGUUUUCUCGGAGACAGGGAGUUCCGGGACAGGCACGACGAGCGCACGCUGCUGGACUAUCUCCUCGGGACGAAGCCCUCGAAGCGCUCGGAGCGCCAGCCGAGCUACGACGACGCGAAGCGCGGCUCGAGAGAGGCGUAGGCGCGGGCGCGGGCGGAUACGCGAACUAGCUAGCUCUAUCGCCGUUUCACGCGCGCGCUUCGACGCUUCUACUGUACGCUU